GUUAUAGAAAAAUAGAAAAAUAAGAAGCAAAAAAGUGGUUCGAAAAAAUCUCAUGCAUAUACAAUGAAGUUGAAGCAUUAGGAUUCAUGCAAAAUUUUAUGCUCAGCCGCUAUAAAUAUAUCUUCAAGAAAACAAUGUAAACAAUAGAUUGAAUAACAAAAAACAAAACAAAAAAAAAAGAAGAAGAUGGGGAAACAAUUAUGGGCAUUAAUACAUGUAACAGUGGUGAUAUUAAUCAUAGUAGAAGUGGAAUCAAGCCUUCACAGAGUAGGCGGUGGAAGAUACAGUUGGAACUCCGACGUUAACUACUCUGAUUGGGCCAACCACCAACGUUUCUACUCCGGCGAUUGGCUUUAUUUCGGGUUCAAUAGAACGCGUCAUAGCAUUCUCCAAGUAAACAAGAGUAGCUACGAGCAAUGCGUCGACACAGAUUUCAUAUUCAAUAUUACCCGUGGAGGAAGAGAUGUCUUUCAACUCCUAGAACCAAAGCCAUACUACUUCAUUUGUGGUAGAGGUUAUUGCAUUAAAGGUAUGAAACUUGCCAUCAACGUCCUCCCUCAACCACCACCAUCAGCUCCUCUCACUCCCACCUCAACGGCCUUUACUCUCAUACCUUUACACGCUUUCACCGCAGCCAUUCUCACUUUCGUCUUUAAAGCUUUAAUACUUUGACUAUGCAUAUGUCGUUUCUUUCUUGAGUUUGAUUUAAUGUGUAUGAACAACUGAAACAAAAGUGUCACUUUCUCAAACUUAAAAAUUUUCACUUCAAUAAGCAGCAACGUUAUGUA